GACUCUUCGUACUAGAUGGGCUUCUGCUUUCCGGCGGUAAUCUUGAGGCUGAGGCUCGGAAAGAGGAGUCAUGGCGGGUCUAGUAUCACCCUCCCCUCAUCCUCUUCGUCUCCUCCCCUUCCUUCCUCGUCCUCGUCCUACUCUCGGUGGUUAUUAGUGAGGAGGAAACCGUUGCCGCCGCCCACAGAAAUGGAGGUGAUGGAGAAGAGGAGGUGGGACAGCUUAGAGUCUUGGUCCAUGCUCUUGGACCUGCAGGGCAAUGGAUCAGAUCAAGGCAAUGACAAUAAUAAUGAUUGGGAGGGCGUCGGUCAGAGGGAGGAGUGGAUGGCUGAUCUCUCGCAGCUCUUCAUCGGCAACAAGUUCGCUUCGGGAUCCAACAGCAGGAUUUACAGAGGAAUCUACAAACAAAGAGCCGUCGCCAUAAAGAUGGUCAGGAUUCCAGAGCAGGACCAGCAGAAGAAGACGAUCCUAGAGAAGCAAUUCAACUCCGAGGUCUCCUUCCUCUCCAGGCUAUAUCAUCUAAACAUCGUUCAGUUCAUAGCAGCUUGCAAGAAGCCGCCAGUGUACUGCAUCAUCACAGAGUACAUGUCCCAGGGAACUCUGAGGAUGUACCUCCACAAGAAGGAGCCCUACUCGUUGUCGACGGAGACCAUCUUGAGGUUGGCCCUGGACAUAUCGAGGGGGAUGCAGUACCUCCACUCUCGAGGCGUCAUUCACCGCGAUCUCAAGUCGCACAACUUGCUCCUCAACGACGAGAUGAGGGUGAAGGUGGCCGACUUCGGCACCUCCUGCCUGGAGACGCAAUGCAAGGAGUCCAAGGGGAACAUGGGGACUUACAGGUGGAUGGCUCCCGAGAUGAUCAAGGAGAAGCCCUAUACGAAGAAAGUAGACGUUUACAGCUUCGGAAUCGUGCUGUGGGAGCUCACCACUGCUCUCGUUCCCUACCAGGGCAUGACCCCCGUCCAAGCUGCCUACGCUGCUUCCGAGAAGAAUCUCAGACCACCACUCUCGACGACAAGCUCUCCGGUGCUCAACGGUCUCAUCAAGAGAUGCUGGUCUGCGAACCCAUCGAAAAGGCCGGACUUCAAUUACAUCGUCUCGAUUUUGGAGAAGUACGAUGAGUGCCUCAAGGAGGGUCUUCCGAUUAUGGUGGUGCAUCAGGAGCUGAGAUUUGGGGCUUCACUCUUCGAGCUCUUGAAAGGCUGCAUGGCCACCACCACUUCAUCGAUUCCAGUUCAAGCCUGAAAACAUUUGUUAAUUCUAGUUUUUCACUAAUUAAUUUCUGAAAUAUAAUUAUUCAACAUCUAGGUCUGUCUGUUGUGCAAUUAACAUCAAUGAGGAAUUAAUAAACAGAUC